GGCCUCGUGAUUACACAUCACAUGACAUGACACCAUGACACCUCUAUUGACUUCCGGGAUCGAAGUUUGAGCAGCGAAAGGGUUCUGUUUUUUUCAUUCAGGAACACCAGAAAGUUUUUCAGAAAAGAUAAUAAAAAACACUGAAGAUGGGGUCAUUGUUCAGGAGUGAGGAGAUGACCCUUGCUCAGCUGUUCCUCCAAUCAGAGGCAGCUUACGCAUGUGUGGCAGAACUCGGAGAACUUGGACUCGUGCAGUUUAGAGAUUUAAACCCAGAAGUGAAUGCUUUUCAGCGGAAAUUUGUCAAUGAAGUGAGGAGGUGUGAUGAGAUGGAACGAAAGCUCCGUUACAUUGAAAAAGAAGUGAACAGUAGCGGCAUUAAGAUUCAUGAUGCCGGAGAGCAUGUUCCAGCUCCUGCGCCACGAGAACUCAUUGAUCUGGAGGCGAAACUGGACAAACUUGAGAGUGAAUUACGUGAAGUGAAUUCAAAUCAGGAGGCUCUGAAUCGAAAUUAUCUUGAGCUGCAAGAACAGAUGAACAUUCUUCGCAAUACUCAAUCUUUCUUCAAUAUAGGCGAUCAUCAAGCAACCUUUGUAGAUGAUCAACCGAUUGUCGGGCAAACUGUCAUCUCUGGUAUCCAUGCACUAGGAUGUCUGUCAGGUGUCAUCAACCGAGAUAGAUUGCCCGCAUUUGAGCAAAUGUUGUGGCGUGUGUCCCGUGGAAACAUCUUUCUGCGGUACAGUGAUAUUGAACACCCUCUGCAGGACCCAACAACGGGAGAUGAUGUUUACAAGUGUGUGUUUGUCCUCUUCUUUCAAGGCGAACAGCUCGGGAUUAGAGCCCGUAAAAUAUGCGAAGGAUUUCGAGCUUCGCUGUAUCCUUGCCCCGAAGAUAUUGAAGAGAGGAAGGAGCUGACUACAGGUAUCCAAACAAGAAUACAGGAUCUACAGAUGGUUUUGAAUCAAACCCAUGAUCACCGUCAGCGUCUGCUUGUGGAGACCGCCACCACUCUUCAUGUGUGGUUCAUUAAAGUCAACAAAAUGAAAGCUAUCUACCACACUCUGAACCUCUUCAACCUGGAUGCCCAAAGGUGCCUGAUUGCCGAAUGCUGGUGCCCGGUCGAUGACCUGGAUGCUAUUCAACUGGCCUUGAGACACGGCACGGAGACUAGUGGAGCAAGUGUGCCCUCUAUCCUGAAUCGUGUAGACUCACCACUCCAGCCACCAACAUGUAAUAAGACCAACAAGUUCACAAGCGUGUUCCAAGACAUCAUUGAUGCUUAUGGCGUUGCUAGUUACCGAGAGGUUAACCCAGCUCCCUACGCAAUAAUUACAUUCCCAUUUUUGUUUGCUAUAAUGUUCGGCGAUGCUGGUCAUGGGCUGCUGAUGGCGCUGUUUGGAUUGUGGCUGCUCGUAAAUGAACGCAAGCUUAUUCAAGCCUAUGGAAAUGAUGAGGUAUUUGGCAUUCUCCUAGGAGGGCGCUAUAUCAUAUUCUUGAUGGGCAUUUUCUCAAUCUACACCGGCCUCAUAUAUAACGAUGUAUUUUCCAAGUCAUUGAAGUUCUUUGAUUCCAGUUGGAAUGUUAGUGGGAUGAAGUUCACAGAUAGUGAUUUGUAUGCUGCUGAUGCUUCCUAUUUUCUGAGGCCACAGAAUACAACCAAUGGAAUCCCUUAUCCAUAUGGAAUGGACCCUAUUUGGCAGCUGGCUGGCAACAAAAUUAGCUGGUUGAACUCUUACAAGAUGAAAAUGUCUAUCAUAAUUGGAAUAUCUCAGAUGGUGUUUGGAGUCAUUUUAAGUGUUUUCAACUAUGUUCACUUUAAAAAGUAUUCCAGCCUUCUGUUUGAUUUCAUUCCGCAAAUCAUUUUCCUGUUGUUCAUUUUUGCGUACAUGGUUGUUUUGAUUGUUGUGAAAUGGUUCUUGUACGACGCUGAAAGAUCUCAGACUGCCCCCAGCCUUAUCAUAACCAUCAUCAAUAUGUUUCUAUUAACAAACGACGAAUCACUCAUGAUGUAUCAACACCAGUAUAAAGUACAGAUAGUGCUGGUGGUAUUAGCUGUUUUGUGUAUUCCGUGGAUGUUGUUUGCGAGACCUGUAUACCAGUUGCUUUUGCACCGUGCUCGAUUGAAUAAGCGCUUAUCUACUGUGAGUAUCAGCUGUCGGGGUCGAGAUGAUGAUGCUGAAAUUAUAAUUAACGACGAUGCUUUACAGACUGAUACCGAGAUGGGAGAUGUUAUUUCAGACGUGUCAGUUGUGGAGGAAAACUUUCAAUUUGGUGAGGCAUUGAUCUACCAAGGAAUUCACACCAUUGAAUACUGCCUAGGUUGUAUCUCGCACACUGCUUCCUACCUGCGUCUAUGGGCUCUCAGCCUUGCUCAUGCUGAACUUUCCGAGGUGCUAUGGUCUAUGGUGUUAAAGAAUGGACUGUCUCAGAGCUCGCUGCUAGGCUGUGUGAUGUUGUUUGGUGUGUUUGCAUUCUGGGCCGUCAUGACUGUUUGUAUCCUAUUGCUGAUGGAGGCAUUGUCUGCAUUUUUACAUACCCUUCGUUUACAUUGGGUUGAAUUUCAGAGCAAAUUUUACAGUGGCGAAGGUCACCCAUUCAAGCCAUUUUCAUUCCAAGAUCUCACAGCUGAACAUCAAGAAUAGGUCAAGGGUCAACUUGUAUACUGCUCCCCUGCAUGAUACAGCAGAGUGGAUGGGCUUGUAUACUGCCCUCUAGCUGUAGAUCAGCUUUCCAUUAAAUUGCAAAUGAGGCAUGUUAAAAUAUGUUAGCUAUAUGAUAAUUAUUAUGUUUCCAAAAUGUGAAUGAAUUAAUCUAGCCAUCGGCAUAUAUUUUUCAUUCAGUAUAUCAGAGUUUGUCCUCUAAAAUGGUCACCAAGUAUAUGUGUACUUAAAAAUAUUUGUAAAAAAAAAAUGUGUCAAAUUUAAUAAAUUGCCGGGUCUUGAAGUUUUGAAUUAUCUAUAAUUAUUUGACAGGAAGUUCAAAAUUAUAUUAGAAGGCAAGUGAUAAUCCAAGCAUCAUGAAAAGUAUAUUUAAAACAAUUUUAAAUACAAAAUUUGAUAGAACAUUUGUCAAUUGAAAAUUAAAUAAGAAAAAUAACCAAGAGUCGCCUGUUUCCCCUUCAGAAUUUCAAAACAAUUGAGAAAAAUUCCUAUGUAAUUUUUUACAGAUUAUAAAUGGUUUUAGGCUACCCCCUUGCCCCUCCCACAUCGGCACCACCACUGGUACAAUUAGAUAAUGCUAUGCUGUGAUCUGUAUAAUGUAGAGGCAUCUGAAUACUCUCAAUUAUAUUAUAAUGUGGAGAUCAAUUUAUAAUCCUUAUAUCAUAUAUAAUCUUUUACAUAAAUCAUUAUCAUUUGCCGAAUAGAAUGAUUUUCUAGCAGCAUAUUGGUAACUCAGAACCUAGCUUUUUAAUUAUAGUAGCGGGUGUAGUGUACUAUAUAUUCAACUCAGUAAGGAACCAUCAUUUAUAUUUACCGGUAGUGUACUUAUUUUUAGUAACACCAUAAUUUGCAAUACAUGAAUGGAAAAAUAUUGAAAUUUAAUUUAUAUAUCGGCUGUGUAAGACUUUGGCGUCUUGUAAUACAAAUGUCUUUCAUGUUUAGUCACAGCAGUACAUUGUAAUACAUUAAACUAUUUUCUUAUAUUCUAAAAACAUAAGUUAAUAUCAUGAAUAAAGGAUCUAUUAUCCUUUGCAUGCAUGCAAAAA